GUACACGCACCGACGAGCUCAUCGUACUUGACGAUGCUGGGAUCGAACUCGAUGCGGAGAGCCUCGGCGUGGUCAGUUGUGCCGGAGCAUACCUGGCGGUAGGUCGGGUUCUUGGCAUCGUCCCUUCCGCCUGUAUAGCCAACGGCAGUCUUGAGGAUGCCCUUGUUCUCGCUGAUGGGGUAGUGCUUGAGGAAGAUGUGCUCGACGCCCCAGAAGCAGCCGGCGGCAAACGUCGCGACUUGAGGUGCGGCGCCGGACAUGGUGGACAGGGCGUGGCCGGCGGGACGGUUCUGCAGCUGGUGGGCGGAAGCGGAAGAGAAGAACGGGAGCAGGCGUUGGAGGCGGGCGAGCAUAUACAGCGGGGUGGGACAAGUGGUCGCUGUGGUUGGGAUAGUUUAUGAGCAACUCGGCCGUGUCUUCUUGUGGGUGCUCAUGAUUGCGCGUUCGUAAGCGUAUGACGCGACUUGACGCCGACGCCAGCUCUGCUCAGCCAAUCGCUUUUCCUCGACUCCUCCGCCGUCCUACUCGUCGCCCCAGCCAGAAGCCAUGGUUGAAAUCACAAUAAAAAAGCGACCACGAGCCGAUGCUGUCGUCACUCAACGCAGGUUUUUCAAGAAGACGGCGAGAGGAAAAGUCAUCAAAGUCCUCCGAGAGAGAUACCUGCGUGAUGACGUGAGCUGCGGUAUUCACAGCUGCCGGCAAUGUGCUUCAAUAGAAGAGUCAAAACCUACGCUCCCGUCCUCAGGAUCGCUGGACCAUUCAAGCUUCCCGAAUGGCCACUUUGUGCUGCCAGAUACGAAUGUCUUCCUUGCGCAGAUGGACCUAAUCGAAUCGAAUUUGUUCGCUCCACCGAUUAUCGUGCUGCAAACUGUCAUGGAAGAAGUCCGCCACCGCUCGCUGCCCCUGUAUAACCGCCUGAAAGCACUGCUCAAGGCCGACGACAAGCAGACAUGGGUAUUCUACAACGAGUUUCGCUCAGAGACUGCCGUUGUACGAGAGGAAGAAGAGUCGCCAAACGACAGAAACGAUCGAGGCAUUCGCAAAGCGACAUCAUGGUACCACACGCACAUAUCGCUCGCUCGACCGCCGGUCCGCGGACAAGCAAAACCCACAAUCCCAGACGUCGUUCUUCUGACAGACGACGCGGCGAACCGACAGAAAGCCGAGAAAGAAGGCAUCAAAUGCAUGUCCGUUCGCAAGUACGUCGAAGGUGCCAAGGAAUCGAGCAGGUUGCUCGACCUCUUGUCCGCUGUAGGCUCCAACGAGAUCGAGCCGACGAAGACAGCUGCGGCUAGGCAAGCACUGUACCCAGAGUAUCUGUCUACGGCGACUCUUGUUGCCGGUGUCAAGUCUGGACAGCUGCACCAAGGGCACUUCAAUGCCAACCCUUACAACUACCUGGAGGGUAAUGUUCCCGUAUCUACGUUUGACAAGCCUGUUCUGCUCAUUGGUCGUGAGAACAUGAACCGGGCCAUCCAAGGCGAUGUCGUUGCUGUCGAAGUCUUUCCCGAGUCCGAAUGGAAGGCCCCAGGGGACGAAGUUGUCGACCAAGAAACCACACUGAAAGAUGAUGACGCCGACGAGUCUGAGGAAGAAGGUGACGAUAUAGAGGCUAUCAGAGAGGCAAAGGUGCUUCGGGCCGAGCAAGCAAAGAAGGCCGCCGCCGAGCGCCAGCCAACCGGACGAAUCGUUGGCGUCAUCAAGAGGAACUGGCGAUCAUACGUCUGCCACAUCGAUUCAUCCUCCCUCACCUCCUCGCACGAGACCUCGCUCUCACAGCAGACCGUCUUCGCGACGCCCGUUUCGCGCUCGCUGCCACGCAUCCGCUUGCGCACGCGCCAGGCGCCGGCGCUGCUCGGGCAGAAGAUCCUCGUCACGAUCGACCGCUGGGACAACACGUCGCGGUACCCGGAAGGCCACUUCGUGCGCGCGCUCGGCAAGGUCGAGAGCAAGGAGGCCGAGCAGGAGAGCCUCCUGCUCGAGUUCGACGUGCCGUACCGGCCGUUCGGCAAGGCGAUCCUCGACUGCCUCCCGCCCGAGGGCGACGCGUGGGUCGUGCCGCCCAAGAGCGACGCGAACCCCGAGUGGCGCGACCGCGAGGACCUGCGGGACCUGCUCAUCUGCAGCAUCGACCCGCCCGGCUGCCAGGACAUUGACGACGCGCUCCAUGCGCGUCCGUUGCCGAACGGCAACGUCGAGGCCGGCGUCCACAUCGCCGACGUCUCGCGCUUCGUCCUGCCCGACACGCCGAUGGACAGCGAGGCCGCCGCGCGCGGGACCACGGUCUACCUGGUCGACAAACGCAUCGACAUGCUGCCCGCGCUGCUCGGCACCAACCUGUGCUCGCUCCGGCCGUUCGUCGAGCGGCUGGCGUUCUCGGUCAUCUGGGUAAGCGCGGCUCGUGAAAUGACGCCUGAGGCCGAGAUCGUGAACGUGCGCUUCACAAAGUCGGUCAUCGCCUCCAAGCAGGCGUUCACGUACGAAGAGGCGCAGAUCCGCAAGGACGACCCGACCCAGACCGACGCGCUGACGGAGGGCAUCCGGCUGCUGAACCGGCUCGCGGUCCAGCUCCGGGCAGGGCGCAUGGCCGCGGGCGCGCUGAACCUGGCGUCGCCCGAGGUGAAGAUCCACCUCGAGAGCGCCGAGUCGUCGGACCCGGUCGACGUCGAGCAGAAGGAGCUCCGGGAGACGAACAGCCUCGUCGAGGAGUUCAUGCUCCUCGCGAACAUCAGCGUCGCGCGCAAGAUCCAGGAGACGUUCCCCCAGACGGCGGUCCUCAGGCGCCACAUGCCCCCGCCGCGCACGAACUUUGAGAAGCUGCAGGACGUCCUGAAGAAGCGCCGCGGCCUGGCGCUCGACGUCUCGAGCUCGGGCGCGCUCGCGGCGUCCCUGGACAAGUGCACGGACGCGGCGGAGCCCGCGUUCAACACGCUCGUGCGCAUCAUGGCGACGCGCUGCAUGCUGAGCGCCGAGUACUUUUGCGCGGGCAGCGUCGGGCGCGACACGUUCGGGCACUACGGCCUCGCGACGCCGAUCUACACGCACUUUACGUCGCCCAUCCGGCGGUACGCAGACGUGCUCGCGCACCGGCAGCUCGCGGCGGCGAUCGGGCACGCGCCGCUGCACGCGAGCCUGCACGCGAAACCGCACGUCGAGCGCGUGCUCGGCGUCGUGAACCGGCGGCACCGGAUGGCACAGAUGGCGGGGCGCGCGAGCGUCGAGUUCUACGUCGGGCUCGCGCUGCAGGGGCGGGCGCGGCAGGGGCCGCCGGUCGUCGAGGACGCGUUCGUCAUCCGCGUCUUCCGGAACGGCGUCGGCGUCUUUGUCUCCAAGCUCGGGCUCGAGGGCCUCGUGACGUUCACGCGCGAAACGAGCUUCGACGCGGAGAACUACCAGAUCAGCGUCCCGACCACGGCCACGGCCACGGCCACGACGACGACGGUUGCGGUGUUCGACAGGGUGAAGGUGCAGAUCGCGGUCGAGCGGGACAAGAACACGCAGCGGGGCAAGGUCAAGAUGACCCUCGUCGGGCCCGUGGACCUCCGCGCGCUGUCGGCGUAGUGGGGAGGGCACGGGGCAGCCGGCGGUGGUGCGCGCACGGCAGAAGCAGUUUCCAGGAGGCCGGUGGGAGAGCUGAAGCCCCGGAUAGGCCAAGGCCUGCUACCAGAGGGCGAAGGGUGGGGUUGGAGAGGGGCGGAGAUUUCACAAGUGGGGGAGGUGUUAUUUAACCGCUGGCGCGACCUUCGGCACGCGGAACUAGCAAUGUAAACUUGUCGACAAAGCACAGUCGUGACUUGCUGCCAUGUCUUGCGCUGGUGUACCCCCUCUGAGGCCUGAGGCUCUGGCCAGGCGCUGC